ACAAGGCAACACACCCUUUACCGGUACACCUGUGUCUCAGGUGUCAGGAGAGAGACGGUGUUUCACAGCCACGCUCAGCAGCUGCCCGAAGGACUACAAAUAAGAUCUGGGAUUUUCAUCACAAAGACCUCUCAUCCCAUGAGAGACAACACAUAAUGACGUCACAUCAUAUAUUCCUGCUGGUUUACCUUCUGGGGGCCUUACUUGGUUGUUCAGGAGCACAAAGCAGAAAUACAGCAUGUGCUACAAAAGAAACUUGUGGUCUGGAGCAAGACCCAUCAAACCACUUCCUGCAGUGCGUGGGGCUGCACUCAACAGACACAGGGAGAGAUCACAUGCACAGGCUGAAAGGAAUGCUUGAAGCCACCAUGGACCUGUACUCCUUCAUGAGAUCCAGCAUGAAGGGUGUGCCACUUCUGAGCCUGGAGGGAGCACUGGAAUUAAAACCCGGAGCAGAUCCUCUGCAGAAUGAAGCACUGGUCCAGAUGUGGCUGGAGGUCAAAAUGAAACCGCUGCUGAAAUCAAUAACCAAGCAUUUCCUGUCCUGCCUCAGCACCAAAAACUUCAGCUGCUCUACCUACCACACCAUGGUGGAGGAGCUCAGCCACCAUUACUCUGAGAUGGAUCCAGUCAGACAAAAAUGGAUCUACAUGUUUUUCAUGUAUCCCUUCCUGUCUGGAGAGUUGGUUGCUGGUUGUGUGAACCCAGACGAAAGCAGCAAGGAUUGGCUGAUCAAGAACUUUGGGGCCUUCAGAGCCAUGGCCCGAAUGAAGGACUUCUCAUCCCUCAACCUGGUCUUCAGCGGAUUGGAGGUUCUUCACCUUCUGACUCCAGCACAAAAGGCAGAGCUGCUCAUGAGCCCUGGAGUGGAGAGUUUGGACAAUGGCACCUUAUCCCUGGUCUUCCACAGUUUGUUGACAGGGGGCUCUGGACCGCCGCCCACUGCCAGCCCAGGAGUCAGCCACAGCUGGACAAGCCCCGGAUACUCACCCGCGCUACCCUCCCGUCCUGCCCAGCCUUCAUACAACUCAUACUUACCACCUUUACAGAACAGCUUCAGAGAGCUCAUGGAAGAUUUCGUGGUAGCUUUCCAACCCGUGGGAAGCUUUGCUCACAACUUUGUUUCCUUCACACGUCAGAGGAAUGUGUCGGAAAUAAGAGGCGCCACCUUGACUCAGUUCCUGCUCAACUGGACUCUGGCUGAAGUGGCAGACAUGUACCAACCAAAGGACACAUCCGUGGUUCCAGAGCCGCCAGAGUUUGACGUGACGAAUGCUGAAGACUGGUACCAGCAGGUUGUGAUGCCGUUGCUGCUGAGGUUUUUCCCAAAUAACGAAAUCCUCAUGCAUGAAAACAUCACGCUUGCUUUUCACCAGCUGUUCUUUUUGGAUCAUGAUAUGGAUGCUGGUAACGAGUCCUCUGAGGUCCAGGAUGUCUGCAGCAUCACCCUUGACAAGGCCCCUUGUGGGUUGACAAACGUGGUGGAAAAUGUGGCCCAUGUUUUACAUUGCGCCGCCCGUACCAACCUGACGAUGACUGAGACGACCGUCAUGAAACUGAUAGAAGAGCUGGCCGAGCGCCUGAACUCCCUGGUCAGAGAGCUGUCCACAGCAAACUUCACAGAGUUGGCGUCCGACUUUAAGGAGAUAUUUGGGGAAGGAGAGUCUCCGUCCUUGACUCAGGAACACCUGGACGACCCGGACUUCAUUAAGCUUUGGUUCCGGGUCAAGCUGCUGCCUCUCAUGCCGGAUGUGCAUCCAGACCUCCUCUCCUGCCUGAGCACCAAGAACUUCUCCUGUCCUGUUUACCAAACCCUCGUGGCAGAAAUGGGCAAACAUAUGAGCGUUAUAGAUGCUGAUCCAGUGUUCAGCCACAACAUCUACAAACACUUCAUCUACUCUUUCCUGCUGCACCACAACACUUCUGAUGCGAGGUGUGUCUUUCCAGCCAAUGACAGUGCAGAAUGGGUGAAAACCAACUUUGGUUUCUUUUCAAGCUUUGCCUCCAUCAUUGACUUCUACAGACUCAACCCUUAUUUCUCUGGAUUGGACACACUUCAUGUCCUGUCGCCAAAGCAGUUAGCAGAGAUGCUGCUGUUGCCUCUGCCAACGCCUCCAGAAAAAGAUGUGGUUAUCCGCCGCGUAGUUAACUUCCUGGUGGAGGCGCCCGAAGUCAGGAAAUUCCCAGAGGUUUUGCACUUUGUGGUCGAACUUGCUGAAGAGGUUAAUCCUCCAUGCGGUGUCUACAGAGAAAUUUUUGAACAGUUGUACCGAAACAUACCGUCUCUGUCGCCAAACAUGGAAGCAGUCGUCUGGGCUCGCAUAGAUGAUCUGAUAAACAUAGCACCAGAUGAGUGUGUGCCAGCGAACAUCACGUGCCCAGAAAUCCAAAUAAACAGAACUAACAUCUGCAGGGAUGUCGACAGCUCUGAUCUCCAGUCUUACAUGAACAUGUCUAUGAAUGUUGCCUGCAAUUUUACCUUGGAGCAAUAUGCUUGCGCACAGCUGGAGAACGUCACAGCCAGUCAGCUGGCUGCUCUCUUGAGAUGUGAUCUGCCUGGAAACAGCAGCCACUCUAGGAUGUUGUGGAAGACGCUGCUCACUAAACACUCCUACGUUUUGGAUCCGGCAUUGGACAUGUUGGCUAACAUGUCUGUGGGCAUGGUUAGUCCAUCAGCCCAGACAAUUUUGGAUGUGAUCGGGGAGAUGAGGGUGUCGCUGCUGACUGAUGAACAGUUGACGGACAGCAGGGUAAUCAAGCUGUGGUUCUCCGGCCGUCUGAGUGGAUUCCUGCCCGCUGCAUCAGGAAGGUUUCUGCACUGUCUGAGCAGCAAGAACCUCAGCUGUCAGUCUUUCCACCAAAUACUGCAGGUGUUUAAGCAUCAGUUUGAGGACAUGGCUUUUCAACAACAGCAUGUAGUCUUACGUGAUUUCAUCCUCCGUUUCCUUAAGAAAAAUCAAUCAGAUCCAGGAUGUCAGUCUGCUUCCAACAACAGUGUAAGCUGGCUGAUGGACAACCUGGGUCCCUUCUCAAAGUUCUUCUCCCUCAAGGAGAUACUCCUACUCAACCCAAGUUUCAAUCCUGUGGAGGCUCUAAGGUUCCUGAGUCCAAAUCAGAGUGCAGAGCUGCUGGUUCUGAUGCAUCCUGCCCUUCCAAGCAAAGAGGUCCUUAUCAACAUGCUCUUUGAUUACCUGACUGAGUCGCCCAAAGAGAAGAAAUUCACAGAGUUCCUGUCCCACCUUGUCAUAGUCCUCGAGAAGGGGAACCUUUCCUGUUCAGCAUUCAAAACACUGUUUACCAGACUUGACUUGGCAGCAGUUGAGGUUUCUCUGGAUAUAGCAUCAUCCAUCAUGUACACCAAAAUGGCCUUAUCCAAGCACAUACCACCCGGAUGCAGCAUCUACAAUGGACAGUGCGAUGUCAUCAUGACAAACGAGACAGAUAUCUGUCAUGGAGUGAACAGCACAGAGCUUCAGCAUCACCUGGACAGUGGAAGCAUGAGUGGACGUUCCUGUGACUUUGCAGUGGAGGAAUUUGCUUGUGCCUCCCUGUCAGCGCUGACGCCACAGGGCCUGGCAGAGAUGUUGAAGUGUAAUCGCUCCUCCACCUCCAGCGGCUCCACACCCGUCUGGAAACUUCUCCUCUCUAAAGCCUCUCUGGUGCUGGAUGGAGCUCUGGAUCUUCUGGCCAACUCUACGCUGGACCCCAGAAGUCCCUCAGUGUCCAUGGUUUUGGACGCCUUACGAGAAAUCCGAUUGGACAUAAUCAGCGCAAACCUUAAUGAGCCCGCCAUCAUCCAGCUGUGGUUUAUCCACCGCCUUCGUCCUUUCUUGCCUGCCGUUUCCUCCAGCUUCCUUUCAUGUCUCUCCAGUCAAGAUUUGAACUGUAGCACCUAUCAGCACCUCGUGCAGGUUUUCAGUCACGUUCAGCCACAAAUGAGUCUUGCCACGCAGAUGUCUGUGAACACACACUUCAUUAAGGUUUUCCUGAGCAGGAACAACACUGCAGAUCCUACCUGCAGCUUACACAUCAACCAUACUGGCCAGUGGCUGCAGAAGAACCUGGGCGGCUUCUCCGUCCUCUUGUCCUUCCAGGAACUUGUGGAGCUCUACUCCAACUUUUCAGCGAUGGAAGCCCUGCCACAGCUCAACAUCAGACAGCUGGCAGAGGUAUCUGCCACACCGGGCCAGCUCACAUCCCCUGACCAGGUCACCAUGGUGAUGAAACACGUCCCAGACCAACAUUUCUCUUCCUUCUUUGAUGACUUCUCAGCUGCUGUGUCGGGUCAUGAAAACACGAUACCCUCCGUGGUGAGGUCAGCCAUGUUGGAAGCGGUCUUUGAUCGCGGAAACCUUUCCCAUCAGUCAGUGGAUGACUCGGUCGUGUUGCAGUGGCUCCAGAGUCGACUGCGUCCCCUGUACAGCGACCUGUCACCUGACCACGUGGCCCCGUUCUUCAGAAUACUGGCAGGAAGGAACUGCAGCGUUGAGCAGCAGGGUGUAGACAACCUGAAUUUGACUAUCUCAACGCUUGGUGAAAACACACAGAAAGAAAUCCACAAUCAUAUCAUCCAGGCUCUCAAAGGCCCACCACCUCUCCGUUGCUACGGUGACAACUACAACCACAGUUUCUACAGGUUCCUUGAGCGCUCAUUCGUUGGAUUCCAGUUCCCCAACUUGACCGCCUUCAUGUCCCUCGUGCCUCAUGACAGUAUGGAUAAGAUAAUAAACUCCAUGCCUCUGUCGGAUCUUGGGGAUUUCUUGCGUCGGCCUGAUGUUGUCGACAAUGAAACACAGCUCUGUGAACUCUAUAACAACUACAUCCAGACACCUGCGUUUUUGGAGGCUGAGUCUCUGCCAGAUGUGGUGAAGAGGCCCACUCUGGUUUGCGUCUGGCCCCGGGCUCUCAGCAGCUCCAGCAGGUUGGAGGUUAACGCCUGGUUUGACAGAAGACUCCACAACUACUUGAGCUUCCUCACAAAGAGCCUGAUCAGCCCAGACGUCACACACAACGCCUCAUGCGUGGCCUUCCAGAAGCUGGUGUUGGUUCUUGGGGACUACAACUACACUGUUGCUGACUUCAGGAGGCAAGAUGUGUUCGACACCGUAAAAGAUUACCUCAGAGCAGAAACACCAAGGUGUUACAACUCCAGCGACCCAGAACUAAACUCUACAGCCUGGUUUGUCGAGUACAUCGGCCCCUUCAUGCCUUUCCUCACUCUGGAGGAUCUUCAGACAUUUGGAUCUGAACAGGUUCUCCAGGUGUUCACCGUGAACCCUCUGAACAUCGCGCUCCUCAAUCAUUCUGUGUUACCGCUGAACCUCACCAACUACUACACUCAGCUGAUAUACCAGCAGGACGCCAACUUCAACCCCCUACUUCUCCCUCUGUUGUGUCGGUGUGUCGUCCCCGGUCAGGCAUUCACCCAGCUGUCUGCUAAUGAAAGUCAAAUAGUUCUGCAGAACCUCACCAUAGUCUGCACAGACCUCGACCCUCAGAUUUCUGCUGCUUUAGCUGCUAACUUUGGUGAUGACAUUGACGCCACAACUAUUACUGCCCUCGGCAACGAAAGCAACAGCAUGUCCGUGGGCCAGAUCAAGAACAUUAGGCCUCAGGACGUGUUUUUAGCUCUUGCCACUCUCAGCUCUGUGACGGGGUGGAGCGAAGGCCAGGCCAAGGCCAUCAUCCUGUCUCUGAUGUCCUCAGGGAUGAUGAAGAUCAACAGCUCAGAAUCACUCUUUACGCUGGGCUCCCUCAUCGUGGGUUUACCUUCCUACGUCUUCCAAAGCGUCAGCGCCUCCCAGCUUCUCAUCGCAUCCAGAGACACGUCAAUUAUAACGCACAUGGGGUCAGCUUCACAGGUUAUCCAGCGUACUUUUGUCACUCAGAUCAUAUCAUUGAACACCAACAGUGAGACGAUUAUACAGAACGUUCCUGAUGACUUUGCCAUCAAUAUCCCUCGAGUUCACCUGCAGAGCUUCUCAAGCAGCAGCACCGUCAUCACCCAACUCAACCGAAAGAAAUGGAAACGCCAGCAGGUUGAGUUGUUCUUCAAUCUAAUUGCAACAGAAAGUGCCACCACUCAGCUGGGAAGUCCAAAUGAUUUGUCCUCCUCUGUGCUGCAAGGGUUCUCAUGCACAAGUGUAAGACUGAUCAAAAGGGUACAGAUCAAGAGACUGAUCAAGGCUUGCAGGAGGAAACGCAGAAACAAGGUCAAACUGGUGGAGACUCAGCUGACCUGCAUGUACAACUAUAUCAAAGUAGAAUCAGAUGCCUCCAACUUCACCCUCUACCCUCCAGAUAUUCUUCUGUACUACAAUUACGCACUGGUGCCACAGGCCAGCUGCAGGUCCUACUUUGAACAACUGGGCGAUGCAGACUUCUUUUUGUUCUCCUCAGCCCUCCGCUACAAACGGAUUGCUCUGUUUGAUAAUGCCAAGAGCUGCCUGGGCAUAACAAACACAAGCUUGACUGAGGACAAUGUCUCGGUUUUGGGAAACAUGUGUUGCGUGUUGGAUGGAUCCUACAUCCAGAACUCUGAUCCUUCCAUCUUGGAAAAACUGCAGAGCUGCCAAGAUCUUACAGAAGCUCAAGCAGCUGCAGUUGAAGCUCUUCUGACGAGCGGGAACACGAAAUACGGAGAGCCCUCAUCAUGGACUGGAGAAACUCUGACGGACCUUGGCAUCUUACCAUUGUAUAUGCCCUCAACCUUCUAUGAUCAUUUUGACAAACGAACGAAGCGCAGUUUCCUUAGGUACUUCAUAAGAGUUCUCCGGAGCAACGGAGUGGGCAGACGAAAGAAGAGGAACCUGAGGAGAGCAAUAAGAGCGUCCAUCAGAAAGAAGUCAAAGCGAUCCACAGUCACAGAGUGCACAGUAGGAAUGAUCAGCUCGGUGACCAUCAGCGAUGAAACCUUCCCCUUUGACUAUGACGAUGUAAACCAGUUCAACUGCUGCCUCCAAGCCACGACUGUCAGUCAAAACCUGGACGCCAUCACUCAGAAGGUGGAUGAGGAGGAAUACCUCGAGAUUGUUCUCAGCAAGUUACGAGAGGCUUACAAUUCAACGAUCCCAGAGGAUCAGGUUCAGUUGUUAAGUGCAGCUUCCCGUGUUGCCACUGUUGAAGACAUCAACUUGUGGAAUAUCACUCAAAUCGACACGCUUGCUGCUUUGAUGGAUUCGUCUAACGGGGAGUGGGACCCAAACUUGGCUAAAGCCAUCAUCACCAAGUAUCUGAGUGUUGAAGGAAACCAACUUGGCAGCGCAGAGCUCAACGCCAUCGAAGGACCCAACCUGUGCUCCCUGGAUGUGAAUGUUGUGAGACUCAUUUCUCAACAAAGCCUCAAAGACGCCGAUGCCUUGAACGUGUCCAGCUGCACCAGCGAGAAGCUGAGAGAGUUGUUCAACAUUGCCAUUGUGGCAUUUGGCAGCACAGCUCGCUCAACUGUCUCUCCUACAUCUUACCAGCUCAUUCAUCCAUACAUUGGAGGUGCAACUACUUCUUAUAUCCGCAGUCUCACAGCCUCCAACGUGAGCAUGGAUCUGUCCACCUUCACCAGUCUGAACGAGACCGUUGUGCUGAACCUGUCUGUCAGUGAAGUUGGAGAUCUUCUUGGCAGCAACCUGCCAGAGCUGAAGUCGUACGAAAACCAAACCCUGGUGCAGAGUUGGAUCCGCAGCCAAUAUCAGUCCCAGCUUGACACACUGGGAGUGGGCCUGGUGGGAGGCAGGGCUGACCCAGUCUCCAGCAACGCCACGACAACACCCACCACAACACCCACCACAACACCCACCACCACAUCCACCACAACAUGCAACUCAGGUAAGUCUUGAACAAGUCGGGUGACGUCAAGGUAAUAUUCCGCAAACAACAGCUCAGAUAAGAGCGAUAUUAAAUUCAAAAUGAGUUUAUAUUUUCCAUGAAUUGGUCAAAUGUCUCAGUUUCAGCAUCUGAUAUGGUGAUUAUGUUCUACUGGGAAUAAGAUACGGGUUUAUGAGAUUUGCAAAUCAUUGCAUUCUGUUUAUUUUUACUUUUUCGAUGAGGUUAUAGUAAUGUCUCCCCUCAAAGCGGCCUUGAUAAUAUUAAGUCACCUGGAGGGCAUGCAGUGUCGUGUUGCCACUCCCUGAACUUUGCAUGUGUUUAUGUUUUAGGUAACAGUUUCCACAUCCAAGCAGACGCUGGCCUCUUCCUCCUCAUUUUCCUCGGACUCCUCCUCACUUCUCAGCAGAGAACAAUGUAAAGAAAACAUGGCUGAUUUUAGUCAUUUACUAUCCAAAGUGGUUGAUUGAAGAAGAGUGUGAAAUUAUGUUUUUAAGUAUAACCAAAUAAAGGAAAUUAUUCAGUUUAAUUCAAUUCAAAAAUACUCAAUUAAACCCCAAAGGGAAAUUAAUCAAGAUAAAGAUGAGAAAGAUAUAGUUUGUACUAAAAAUAAAUUUUUGUCAUGUGCAAUAAUGGGGAUUUUUUUUUUUUUAAACGAUGGAAAGCCAGAGAUUAACAUCUUUAUUGAUUCCAGGCGUUGUGGACUGAGCACCUAUGAACACAUCCGCCCGUGUUCAUGACCUUACACAAUGCUAUUUUUUUUAACCUAUUUUUGGCUUUACUGAGCAGAUCAGCGACUUCUGUCAGUUGUCAUUCAGCCGUUGGAUGGAAAGCCAGGAUACACGACACCCUCCUUUACUAUUAAAAAUGAAUCCUAAUUAAACCCCUGCAUAUAAAUAUUGUUUUUGAUUAUGUAAUACUGUAUUCCAGUUUGCUUUGAAACCUUUUUACUGGUUAUUUUAGAGGUCGUAUAUAUUUUUCUUUCCUGGUGGUUCAGUUGUUUUAUUUAUGAAAGGGCGCAUAUGACACAACAUCACUUUCUGAGAUACUACCAGGGUAAAAUGACAUUAUUUUUUUAGUUUGAAAGAUUAUUCUGCAUAUAACACUACUAAAACAAUCUUGUUGUGUCUCUAAACUUGCAGUACAGUUCUUUUUCUUAUAGAUAAACCUCUUGUUCAUGAAUUUAACUACAUUGUUUAGCACGGUCAGUGCUGGGUCAAUAUUCCUGUAUUUCCCUGUAAAAUAGAUUUUUAAUGAUGGUGUCGAUAGUGACAUCAUGCUGAUGCAAUGAAUGUGAUUUAUAUAUGGUAGAAUUUGGAGGAGGAAAUACACGGAGGCACAAGUACCAAAGCUUGCUGAUACUUCUGAAAACAAAACUAACUGCCUGCGUUUCUUGGGUAUGAUGAUGCAGAGAAAUGUCACAAAUGUAAAGGUUUUUUGAGGCACAUGAAGCCAGAAAUGACAUGAACUUAUAAUAAUAAUAAUAAUAAUAAUAAUAAUAAUAAUGGGUUACAUUUAUAUUGCACUUUUCUGGAAACUCAAAGUACUCACAAUCUUAUGUUUACCUCACAAUUUGUAGCUUAGACUUUAUGUGUAUCAAUCACUACAACAGAUCAUCUCAAAAACUGAAAUUAUAAAUGUUAAAAGAAAAAUGAGGGCGAUGGUUCCAGCUGUUUUUGUGGCUUCAUCCAUGAUGAGAUUUUCACUUUCUUGAAGCAGGUUUACCUUGAUUCACAAUAAAUCCACACUGAAGUUCA